GAAGAAUCAAGGUUCACCGGACAGAAAAGUGUAGAUUACGAAGAGAGAUCUUGUUCUAAUAAAUUUGGAAAUUACUUUGAUGCUUUUUGGACAAAUAACCAGUACUAUCAUUAUUAUCAACAGCCGCCGUUGCAAUCUCAAAACCAUUUAAAUUCAUGUGAUAUUUCUCUACCUUCACCAAAAACCCCGAUCCCUGUUGACAACCACAAGGUUAUGAAAUGCUUCGAACAAAAUGAAUCCACUCUUAGCAAAGGCAAAGUUAAUAAUAAUGAUGUAAAAAUGGUUGACACGUUAAAAAAGACCGAGCCUGUUAAAAUAACAGAAUCUGUAAAGAAAAACAACUUGGAAGAAAAGACCGAGCUUACAGCAAAGGUAGAGCAAACAAAUUUAAGAAAGCAAAUUAAUAAUAGAUCCCGAGAAAGUGGAUUCGAAAAGUAUCGCAAUUUGGUAAAGAACCGCCACGGUAUACCAUUUUUUAUAGUACGGGAAGAUGCUCCUAAUCUCUCGGAAAUUCAAAGAGUUGCGUUAGAAUUACUCUUUUUGUGA